AUGGCUUCGGAACAGCAGUCAUCAACGAUUAAGGGUUCAAAAGUGUUGAUGGUGGGCGCUGGUGGCAUCGGCUGCGAGCUUCUCAAAACCCUCGCACUCUCUGGCUUCCAAGACAUUCAUAUUAUUGACAUGGACACCAUCGAAGUGAGCAACCUAAAUAGGCAAUUCUUGUUUAGGAAGUCCCAUGUUGGGCAAUCUAAGGCUAAAGUUGCUCGGGAUGCUGUAUUGAAAUUUAGGCCCGACAUUAGCAUAACACCAUACCAUGCCAAUGUCAAAGAUCUUGACUUCAAUGUUGAUUUUUAUAAGCAAUUCAAUGUUGUUUUGAAUGGGCUUGACAAUUUAGAUGCUAGACGACAUGUGAACCGCCUUUGCUUGGCAGCUGGUGUUCCAUUGGUCGAAAGUGGGACCACUGGAUUUCUAGGACAGGUUACCGUACACGUAAAGGGCAGAACCGAGUGUUAUGAAUGCCAGCCUAAAACGGCUCCAAAAACUUACCCUGUGUGUACCAUCACCAGCACUCCAUCGAAGUUUGUUCACUGUAUUGUAUGGGCAAAGGACCUGCUUUUUGCAAAGUUAUUCGGGGACAAAAAUCAGGAACAUGAUUUGAAUGUGCACUCCAAAGAUGGUUCUAGCUCAUCAAAACAAGCAGAAGACGUUUUUGAACGGCAGGAGGAGGAAAAUAUAGAACAAUAUGGAAAGAGAAUAUAUGAUCAUGUUUUUGGUUAUAACAUUGAAUUAGCUUUGUCAAGUGAAGAGACAUGGAGAAAUCGUAACAAGCCAAGGCCUAUUUAUGUCAGAGAUGUAUUUUCCUCCGAACUUGCUAUUCAAAAUGGAAAUCUGCACAAUUGUUCAAAUGGUGAUCCUCCCUCAUUGUCUGCAAUGGCGUCUCUGGGUUUGAAAAAUCCACAGGAUCUAUGGUCCUUAAAGGAAAAUUCUAAAGUAUUUCUUGAGGCUCUGAAGCUGUUCUUCUCAAAGCGAGAAAAGGAGAUUGGUAACUUGAGUUUUGACAAAGAUGAUCAGUUAGCUGUAGAAUUUGUAACUGCUGCUGCAAAUAUCCGGGCUUCUUCUUUUGGGAUUCCGCUGCAUAGUCUUUUUGAGGCUAAAGGUAUUGCUGGCAAUAUUGUGCAUGCUGUUGCAACAACAAAUGCUAUUAUUGCUGGGUUGAUUGUGAUCGAGGCGAUCAAGGUGCUGCAACAUGAUGUUAAAAACUAUCGGAUGACUUAUUGUCUUGAGCAUCCUUCAAGAAAGAUGCUUCUUAUGCCAAUAGAGCCGUCUGAGCCAAACAAAUCUUGCUAUGUCUGUUCUGAGACACCUUUGGAUCUUGAGAUUAAUACACAUCGCUCGAAGCUGAGGGAUGUUGUUGACAAGAUUGUGAAAGCAAAGUUAGGCAUGAAUUUUCCUUUGAUCCUGCAUGGAUCAGCCCUUCUGUAUGAGGUUGGUGAUGAUCUUGAGGAAGAUGAGGUUGCCAAUUAUGCAGCAAACCUUGAAAAGGUACUAUGCAAACUUCCUGCUUCGGUCACGAGUGGGACAAUUCUCACUGUUGAGGAUCUUCAGCAAGAGCUGAAAUGCAGCAUCAAUAUCAAGCAUAGGGAGGAGUUUGACGAGGAGAAGGAACCUGAUGCUAUGAUUCUCUCGGGAUGGAUACAACCUCGUGCAACAGAAAAGAGUAGCAAUACAGCUGUGGACAGUGAAGUGAGCACAUCCAGUGCAUCUGAAGCUGUUCCCCUAGUGGCUGAAGACGAUGAUGAUUUGCAAAUCAUUCCAACAAUAACUGGGAAGAAAAGAAAGCUAUCCAAUGUUUCCAAUGAGAUGAAGAAUAAAAGAAAAGCAGAACUCCAUAGCAAGAACGACGUUGUCGUGCUUGACGAUGAUAAUUCUGAUAUGAGCAAGAAGGAGCAAUAG